AUGUCUGAACAAGAUGGAAUACGAAAAAGGGCUCAAAGUGUAACAAGAGCUGAAGAAAUUCAAGCCGUAGAACAGAAAGCCAGGAAAAAUCAGCCAGACAAACCAUGCCACAAACCAAGGGAUUCACUUUUUUCUUGGAAUUCAGGAUUCGAUAAUUUUACAGGGUUUGUUAAUUGGGGUUUCCUUUUGUUAUCAAUAGGAGGAAUUAGACUGCUUUUAGAAAAUUUUAUAAAAUAUGGAAUUAGGGUAGAUCCCAUUCAAUGGUUCUAUAUUUUAACAGGGCAAGAUGAAUCCGGAUCAGAACAUCCGUCGAUUGUUUUAAUACUUUAUUCUGUUGUGCCAGUAGUGUUGUGCCUUCUUACAGAAAAGGGUCUAGCUGUAGAAAUAAUACCAACUGCUCCAGGAAUGUUAAUACAUAUAAUAAAUUUAUUGGUAUUGAUUCUACUACCCAUGGUGAUAAUACAUAUUAAAGAUGGAUUUAGUUUAGUGGGUGCCUCAUGUGUUACCACUUUAUAUAGCCUUCUAUUUCUAAAAUUAUGGUCUUACGUUCAAGUAAACAUGUGGUGCAGAGUUGCUCGUCUGAAUCAGAAAGGCAGCUUGAGGAGACAAUCCUUAUCAUAUAGCAAUCUAAACCAAAGCAUAAAAAACAGCAAUGAUUUGAAAAACACAAAUGAAGAUGCACAUAAAUCAAAGGAAAGUUAUGUUCAGUACCCUGACAAUUUGACACUAAGGGACCUUUAUUAUUUCUUAUGUGCUCCAACAUUAUGCUACGAAUUAAAUUUUCCUAGAACUGACCGCAUACGCAAGAGGUUUUUAGUAAAACGAAUUUUUGAAGUGUUGGCUGGUAUGCAAAUAAUUCUUUGUGUAAUUCAACAGUGGAUGAUACCUUCUGUUAAGAAUUCGCUUAUUCCAUUUAGUAAUAUGGAUUUUAUGAAGGCUUCUGAGAGAUUAUUAAAAUUAGCUAUACCUAAUCAUUUGGCCUGGUUAUGUAUGUUUUAUAUUAUGUUCCAUUCUUGGCUUAACUUAUUAGGAGAAAUUCUACACUUUGCCGACAGAAGUUUUUACAAUGAUUGGUGGAAUGCAAAUAACAUAGAUGUAUUUUGGCGCAAUUGGAAUCUGCCGGUUCACAGAUGGGCUUUAAGACACCUCUACUUACCUAUGGUAGAGAUGGGUUACAGUAAAUAUUCGGCUGGUGUUACUGUUUUUUUCAUUAGUGCCUUUUUUCAUGAGUACAUGGUCAGCGUUCCUUUAAAAACCUAUAAAAUAUGGGCCUUCAUGGGAAUGAUGGGCCAAAUUCCACUCUCCCAUAUAUCAAGAUAUGUGGAACGGAGGUAUGGACCAAGAUUUGGUAAUUUAGUUGUCUGGUCAUCAAUAAUAAUAGGGCAGCCUUUAUGUAUUAUGAUGUACUACCACGAUUAUAUUGUUAUCCACUAUGGAGAAUCUUUACUUGAGGAUUAUUCUCAUGUAUAAUAAUGUAUUACUUCAUCUAUAGUGAAUAUUUGUUUGAUGUUGUUAGAGUUACCAUUAUUAUUAUCUAUCCAAUUGUGUAUAGUAGCCUCCUUGUAUCUGUGGUUCUUUGGUGGUUUAAAGCCUUCAUAAUGAAAAACUGGAAAAUUGAUCAUAGCAAAAAUUUUUUACACAAAAUUGUAAAAAAUGUAGUGUUGUGAUAACAGUCGGGUAACUGACUGAGUAAGGAAAUACCUGAUAGUGUUGAACGUUUAUAAUGCAGUGGUCACAGAUAAAGAAGGUAACUGUAUUUUUUUACAUCACAUACCUACUGUUUAUGCUAGUAAUUGCAAAUCUUGUAUUUUUGUAUUUUGUUUACAUAUGCAUUUAUACAAUUUUAAGACUGUUCUUUUUCAAAAAUAACGUUCCAUUGGCCUAAGAAGCAUGCGCUUCAUAUACAUUUUUUCAUAUAUAUAAUACAAUUUUCUGUUUAAGCUUAUUUUUGUAAUAUAGGUAGGUAAUGUUUAUUUUAAAACUCUAUUAAAAUGUAAGUGUUUAUUACUAGUUGGUACUUUAUUGUUAUAAAAAGAAUAUACUUAAGCCAACAUUUUUCAUUAUUCUCACACUACUUAGUAGUGAUAAUAAUAGUUGUGCAAUAAUGAAGAUUGUAGUGUAUACAUUUGUUGUAAUUGUUACAUUUGCCUUCAACAUGAUAUUUUUGUUAUUUUUAUAUAAAAAUAUAUUGUGAUUUAUUAAAUAUUAUGU